UUCUUCUCUAAUUCGUCAGACUCCAGAAAGAAAAGGAAAGAACAACAUUGAAAAGUUACCGUUAAACAAUCUAAGCGCUCUUCAUCUUCUUAGACUCUUCUCUUCCAACAAGAAUCUCACCAAGAAACUAAACUUUUUACAAAGUUAAAACCAUAUGGCGAACAUGAACGCUCUUCAACAGAUGAUCUUCCCAGACGAGAACGCUCCGAUUCAUCGCAAAAAGUCUGUUACUGCUGCUUCUGUGAAAUCCAAAGGAACUGUACUUGGUCAGAAGAAACCUGGAGGAGCUCGUAAAGCUCUGAAUGAUAUUACAAACAAGUCUGGGAUUCAUGCGAAAGCUUCUUCAAAGAAUAAGCAAAUUGCUUCUGCUGCUGCUGCAAAAGAUGAGAUUGACAUAGCUGGGGAAAGGUUCUUACAUGAUCACAGCAAAUGCAUCAAAGAGCAGCAAAGUCUCUGGGAUGAUCACUACUCGUCUGAUCUCAUUCUACUUCAUCAUGAAUCCAGCAUCAAGGAGAAGCAUCUCAAUUAUGACAUUGAAAAGAUGGAUGCUAAGAACAAUCUGACUUACGAAGAACCAGAAGAGAUGGCAUCACCAAAGUUGUCUGAUUGGCUGAAGAACUCGACUCCAUGGCGCUCUCCAAUCCGUCAUGGCUCUAUGAUGCCUUCCACUCCUCUGGCUUGGCGGUUCGAUUCAAGUGAAUUCACACUUAAAGAACACUCUGACGACCUCUUCUGAGUUUCUGUUUCUCAAUGUCUUUAAAAAAAUUCAUCCUUGAGAUGAAGUAGCAGUAGUAGUAGCGACUAUCUUUUGUUCAGCUCACUGUGUCUUUCACUUUGUAACUGGUUUCAGGAAUUAAAGUUGGAAUCUUUUCAAGCA